AGCAAUGAGAGAUGUUGCGCCAGAUCUUACAAGUCCACAAGGGUUGGUUCGGAGUAGCUGUGGAAGCACUGCGUUGCCUGAGGAGGAUGUUGGAGUCACCUUCCCUGUGGAUAAGAUCACACAACCAACAACCUGCAAGCUAUACAUCCAUCAGAAGUUCUUUGAUAUGAAGGUGGCUGUAGGUCAGGCUUGGCCAACCGGCGAAGGGGUUAUGCUGCAUAAUCGCCCUUUAUCUGAAGGUUAUGCAAAGGUUACCGUUGAUUCUCUUGUUAAGAGGAAAUACAAAAAUGUGGAGUUGGAUAUCCCCGGUGAUGACAGUAGGUUGCUAGGGGAUAACAUCUGAGGAUUUGUGGCGUGGCAGAAACGCUACAUAAUAUUUGAAUCAGAAUCUGAGUCAUCCGAUGAUGAUCCUCGAGAGUCACCGGAGAGGGACCUACCUCCUUCACCAAAGUCCAACAGAGAAUCAAGCCCGCCGUCACCUCAAAGAGAGCUAACUCCUCCUAGCCCUCCUAAAAAAAGGCGGACAUCAUCGAGAACACAGAAAAUAUCAUCUCAGAAGCAAUAUUCAGAACCGGCAGAAAAGCCAGAGGGACCAUGUGAAGGGACGGGCAAGAAACAGGUGAGUGGAAGCAUAACAUCGCUGCUCAAAGAAAAAGGAAAGAAAGUAGAGGAGGACUUCAUAGUCCCCAAAGGUGCAAUGGACCAUUUCUUAAACUUAAUGAAAAUGCCGCAAACUGGAAAUAAUCAACCUCCGCUUUCAGACUAUGAGUGAACUAUGAAUAUAGAGAGGUGGCGUGAAGGAACCCGAGCUGCACACAAGUUAAAUGUAGCUGAACGGGCCGCAUUUUGUGAACAAAACAACAUGACAGAGUUAGAACUUCUUCAAAUUGAGUAUGGAGAAGAUUGGUGGAAACAACUAUUGCCACUACCACCGAUUAUCUGGAAAUUUGAAUUGGGGAAAGAUCUGGUGGCCCCAGAACAAAUCCCGAAGCUACCCACAAGAAUGCGACAGUUGCAUUCUUGGUACAAGAUGCAAAAAAGUAAGCUGUUUGGGGCAAGUUAUCUUGAUGAAGAUCUUCAUAAGGGGGAAGGCAGAGUGUGGGUUGAUUUCGAGCACUUGUAUCAUUUCUACCAACAGCGUGCUCUCGACGUCUCAAUUAUGACCUUGUGGACUGUAAUGGAGUCACACAAAUGUAGACGAUGUGGGAUUAACAAUAUAGGCUUCUUGGACCCUAGCACCGUACAUGAGAACACAGUCAAUUUACCAAGUACCGUUGACUACUUGUACAAAGCUUUCCUCUCCAUGCAGGAUAAAAGAUCCAUACUUCUUUCAUACAAUUGCUUUUAUCAUCAUGUCCUACUCGAUAUCAACCUUAACAAUAGUCGAAUCGAGGUUUAUGACUCACGAAAGAGGCCAUUAUCACUAAUCCAGCCCGUCAUUGAUGUCGUCAACAAGGCCUUCGCUAAGUACCGUAAGAAAAGCAAAAUCCAUAGACCUUUUUGGGGAGACUUCACUGUAGAAGAGGCUAAAUACAUCCUCAAGCAGCCUCCGGGCAACGAUCACUGUGGGUUCUAUGUAAUGCAUUACAUGCACUGCUACACCGGCGAUUGCAGAAGCGCCGAAAUGAACACUGAGUUGGAUUCACGUGAAUUGCUCAUGGGCGAGCUAGUAGCACUUCAAGAAGAACUAGCUGGAUGGCUUGUGGACUACGUGGUGAAGCCAGGAUCUGAGUACAGCAUAAUCUAGGUGUAAUGUCUAGAUCGUAUCGUUCUUGUCAAGCAUUGUAAUAUAUUUGGUGUAUGGACUAGAUGUUCUUAAACUUGAUGCGUGGACUCUAUAUUUUUUAUUAUGAUGUUUGAACUCUCUCAUUUGA